AUGUCUUUAAAGAAAAUUGAAGAUUUAAAUCGUAUAUUAACAGAAUUAAAAAUUGGUUCAAUAUUAAUAAAACGAAAACGUAAUGGAGAAAAGUAUUCACGUCGUUUUUAUCUUGAUGAGCAUGAAGAUUUUAUCUCAUAUUAUCAAUCGGAAAAAAUUUUUGCUCAAUCACAUUACAUUCGAGAAAUCGAUGAAAUUCGAACUGGCUUUCAUACAUUAACAUUUGGUGAACUUCUUAAACAACAGAUUGUACAUUCGGACGAUGAAAAACUCGCAUUCUCCAUAUUUUACAAUAAUUAUCGGGAUGAACUUCAUUUAAUGACAAAUGAUGAACAAACAAGAUAUAAAUGGGUACUAGGAUUGCAGUAUUUAAUCGAUCUUCAUACAACAAAAGGACAAGGACAUAUUAUUCAUGAUACCAACUGGAUUUUAAGCCAUCUACGGUUUGGUGAUAAAGAUAAAUCGAAUACCAUCACUAAACCUGAAUGUCAACAAUUACUAGCCGAUUCAUUAAAUAUUGAACUACCAGAAGAUGUUUUUGAAAAGCUUUUCCAAGAAACAGAUAAAAAUGGUGAAGGUAUUUUGACUCCAGAUGAAUUUAUAAAUUUCUUUCAUGUUCUUGCUCGUCGAAUCGAUCUCUAUGAAAUAAUGCAAAAAUAUGUGAAAAAUGCUAAUGAACAAACAAUUGAAACAAUUUGUAUGAAUAUUAAUGAACUUUUAUAUUUUCUUCGUACUGUUCAAAAUCAAAAUAUUAUAACUUACACAUCAAAACAAUUUAAUGAAGAUUUCACAGUUCAACCAAUUACGAUGUACAAACAAGUACAAGAAUUAAUUAAUAAAUUUGAACCAAAUAUUGAAUUACAAGAAAAAGGUCUUCUUAGUCUUGAUGGCUUUCGAAAUUUAUUAUUAUUCGAGGAUUUUUCUUUAAUGAAACCGUGGUGUUCUCGUCGACCAUAUCAUGAUAUGACGAGACCAUUGAAUGAUUAUUAUAUAAACGCUUCACACAAUACUUAUUUAUUCGAUAGUCAAGUAUCUGGUGAUAGUAAUCCUGAAGCAUAUAAUCGAGCAUUACGUUCUGGUUGUCGUGUAGUUGAAAUGGAUUGUUAUGAUGGUGAUGAUGGUCAACCGAUAGUAACACAUAAAUUUACUUUUGUUAAACCAUGUUCUUUUGAAUCAAUCAUUCGAUACAUUGAACCAAAUUUAUUCAAAGCAUCACCUUAUCCAGUUAUUCUUUCAAUUGAAAAUCAUUGUUCGAUUAUACAACAAAAAGAAAUAGCUCGUAUUUUAAAACAAAUUCUUGGAAGUAAAAUAGAUAUAAUUAAAUAA